CAACGGCAUCGUUUCACAGCUUAACAAAAUAUAUCCAGAAGACACGUGGACUUGCAUCUCUCCUCUUCUCUGUGAGCUUCGCUCUAGAAGCAGAUGGUUUUUUCGUUAUUCCCUUUUACCAAGUGACAACGAAGUCAUGCCUAGCAGUUGCAGCAUCAGAGCUCUCUGGAUCCUCAACAGCCUCCACGCCGUCGUUUUAUCUCGGAAAUUCCCGGUGGUGGAGAAGCAGUGGCGUGCUGCUUGUAAGACCAUAAACGACACCUCAAAAGAUGCAGAAGAAGAUCCUCUCAAGUACACCGUUUUCCCCUUUCUCCCAAACGACGCCGAACUAUCUUCCGCUUUUGUUGAGAGAAAGAAACGUGAGGGAUCAUUGCGAGGAUACGGUAUUCGUGUGAAUAAUCAAUCGGUCGAAGGGUCGGAUUCAUGGGUGGAUGAUCCGAUUACGCGGCAUAUAAUAAGUAUUAAUGUAGAGUCAAAGGAGAAGGGAGGAGAUAAUCAUUUGUUAUGGCCUUUGAUUUUGCAUUUAAGGGGAAGUUAUGUAAUUCUCGUGUUGCCAUUGAUUGAGCCGGUGCAUUUGAAGGCCUACGCCAAGUUAUGUAGGAAAUCGGAUUGUGGAAAUGCUGUUGGAGUGGAUGCAAGUUUGUCUUCUAUCUUACUUGAUACCCCGUCCAUCACAGGGGCAUUCAUGGUGGCACAUGCUAUUGGUGACAUAAUUGUGGGUGAUGUGGUAGAUCCGGAUGUGGUUGUGAAUGCAGCACCAUCUGUGGGAGGGUUGUUGGAUUCUCUAACUGGAAGCAUAGGGAUAGCAGGUAUAUCAUCUAGGGCAAAACCUGUGGCUGCACCAGUUGCAUCUGCAACACCCUCUGGCGCUGCUUCAAUUGGGACUCUUACAGCCGAUACUCCAAAACUUGGUUCAAGGCCCUUGGAUAAAGAUACACUUCGAAAUUUCAUCAGUAGCGCAAUGCCAUUUGGUACUCCUUUAGAUCUCAACUACUCAAAUAUUUUUGCUAUCAAGGCUAAUGGCUUUUCUUUAUCAGAUCUGCCUCCUGCAGAUCUCAAGCAACCAGCAUGGAAACCAUAUCUUUUCAAAGGAAAGCAAAGAAUAUUUUUCACAAUUCAUGAGACUAUUCAUGCUGCCUUGUAUGACCGGGAGGAGAUUUCAGAUACCAUAUCAGUCUCGGGUCAAAUAAACUGUCGAGCAGAAUUGGAAGGUUUGCCUGAUGUAUCACUUCCUUUGUCAGGAUUGAACAAGGCUCAUGUUGAGGUUUUAUCAUUCCAUCCCUGUGCCCAAGUUUCAGAACAUGGUGCUGAUAAGCAAGCUGUGAUGUUUUCUCCACCAUUAGGCAAUUUUGUUUUAGUGCGUUAUCAGGCCAAUUGUGGCUUUGGUCCUCCUAUAAAAGGAUUUUACCAAUUGUCAAUGGUCUCUGAAGAUGAAGGUGCAUUUUUAUUCAAGUUGCAUCUAAUGGAGGGAUAUAAGGCUCCUUUGACUAUGGAAUUCUGUAUGGUGACUAUGCCUUUUCCAAGGAGAAGGGUUGUCUCCUUUGAUGGGACCCCUUCUGUUGGAGCAGUUUUAACCACGGAGCACUCGAUUGAAUGGAAAAUCAUCCCAAUUGGUCGGAGCCUUUCUGGGAAAAGUAUUGAAGCGACUUUCCCUGGAACAGUUAGGUUUGCCCCAUGGCAAAUCCAAAGAUUCCCUUCCUCUAAUUCUGGCUUCGGAAAAAUGGGUGAUGAAGAUAGUGAUGUUGAGAUAGAGAGUACAAGCAAUAUGGCAAAUGUGGAGGAAUUCUUGAUGGAAAAAAUGAGCAAGGAUCUUCCUCCAGUUGAUCUAGAGGAGCCAUUUUGCUGGCAGGCAUACAGAUAUGCUAAAGUAUCUUUCAAGAUAGCCGGGGCUUCAUUAUCAGGGAUGUCCAUCGAUCCUAAAUCUUGUUGUCAAAAGGCACUGAGGUGCUCCAUGCGAGGUAAGGCCACAACACCUUUAUUAGCCUCAAGCGAUGAAUUUCAAUGAAGUGCUGCCUAGGCAAGCUCCUUGUGAGUGGGCGCUAGGCGUUAAAGCGAGCGCCUUAUUGAAAUACUUCUUUUCUUGUUGGAUUUUUUUAACUGAUUUAUGUUUUGAUCUAUUUGUCCAUUUUUUAAUUUACCACAAGAAAUAACUUAGGGGUAUUUUUGUAAAAAACAAAGAUGAGGGUAAAAAAGAAUAAAAAAUAAUUAAAGUGCGGGAGACAUGCAGUCAAGGAAGGAUACUUUUGAAGGGAAACAUCAGCCACACUUUGAUUGAACAGAGUUAGAGUACAAUAACACAAGUACAGAACAAGAAAUAAAGAUGUUUUUGAAGAUCAAUGAAUAAUGAUGAUGAUAUUUAAGUUUGUUUUUUGAUCUAUUUGACUACUUACUAUUCUAAAUUAUCUUAUUUUGUUUCAAGAGUAAAAAAUAUAACUUUGUACUAUUAUGUUAUGGUAUUUUAUAUUUUCUUCUGAUUUUCUAAUAAUCUAAUCUUAAUUGUGAAGAUAUAUGUUUUAAAUUUAUAUAAUAUAAUAUAAUUAUACAUAUAUAUUUUUUUAAUCUAUAGCAUAUCACCUUGGUUCAUUCGGGUGAGCACCCAACGCCUAGCCCCUUGGGCAUUUUACAAGCUUGGCGCCUUUUAGCACCUUUUGCCUUUGACAACACAACUUUUAUAUCAUCUAGUCAUUUUAGCUCAUAUGUUGUGCGUGAUUUCACUUUUUAAUUCACAAUGAUGAUUUUAUAUUUUAGUAAUUUUAAAUAGUUCUUGUACAAAUUAUCUACCUUA